AUGAGUAAAAGAUAGCAGUCUUUCAAGUGUAUGCAGUAAGUGGAGUGGAAAAUAUUCUUACCCCCUUCCACUGUUUGUUCUAUGUUUCAAUUUAUUUUUCCAACUAUGCAAGUCUUUUGUAGAGCUCCAGUGAUUACCUGACGAGCUAAUUCGGUUCUGAUUGUAAUGCAUUACAGGAAGGGGACUUCCUCCUUAAAGCCAAGCUAAAUAAGGAGUUUCUGGGCGGAGUCAUCUUCUGAGCAGCCUAGAUAAAAGCUUACCAGGAUUUACGGAACCUCAGACUGCAAUCAGCAUGAACUGCAGCGUGCCGGACAGAGUGCUGCUCAGCUGCGCCAUGGAGAGACAGCUGGACAGGCUGUGCCUCCAGUUUCUUUGGGACUUUGUCAGAGCAAAAGAGACAUUAAUCAAGUCACCGUUUUUUCCAGUGUUGUUUUCUUUUACAGCGUACAUGGCUUUCUGUCUUCCAUAUAUUGCACUGGACUUUUUAAGCACUAGACUGCCAAACUUGAGAAAAUACAAAAUCCAGCCACAGAGCUAUCCAACUCUUGGAAUGAUGGUGCCUUGCUUUAUUCAGAGUGUGUAUCACCAUGUUGUGUGGAUUUUCCCAGUGACAUUUCUCCACUGGUACUGGAAACCAACGAAUCUACCGGUGAUAGCUCCAGAGCUGCCUCAGGUCCUGCUGCAAGUAGGAGUUUGCCUGCUUCUGUUUGAUUUUGAAUAUUUCUUGUGGCAUUUGCUUCAUCACAGAGUGCCUUGGCUCUACAAGACCAUCCACAAGGUGCAUCACAAGCACGUAUCGACAUUUGCUCUUACUACUCAGUAUUCCAGCGUAUGGGAAUUGCUGUCACUGGGAUUAUUCGCUGCCAUCAAUCCAUUCCUCCUUGAAUGCCACCCUUUGACAGAAAUGAUUUUCUUCCUUGUCAACAUCUGGUUGUCAGUGGAGGACCAUUCAGGAUAUGACCUUCCGUGGUCAACUUACCGACUUGUGCCUUUCGGUUGGUAUGGAGGAGCACCGCAUCAUGAUCUCCAUCAUCUGAAAUUCAAGUCAAACUAUGCUCCUUACUUCACCCACUGGGACAGACUCUUUGGGACAUACACAGAGUCACAUCCUAAUUAAGAAUAUUUGCCUAUUUGCCUGUGGAUGAAUUUUUUGUUGAUAAACUAUACUGGGACAUUAAUUUUUCAAAGCUAUACAGAAGAUUGUAUAUUUGAAGCUACUUAGAAAGUCUAUGGCUAUUUAUAACAAAUCUUUUUAAUAUAUGUAUUUGUUUGUAUACUUGGAACUUCCUAUGUUAAAUGACUGCAAAAGGGAUAGUAAAUAUCUGUUACUUGAGUUUGUGUGAGUCUAAGUGUAAGGGAAGUGUAAAGAGAUGUUCUCUCUUCUUUCUAGCUUUCAUAAAGCAUUUAUUGUUUUACUGUAUGAUGUUUAUACAUACACCAGAAAAAAAGAUUUUAGGGCUAUAAGAUGAUUUAUGAUGUAAACAGAGAAGGUACACAGCACGGAUUUUGUGGAGUUGAACCUGUCAGAUCAUGUUAUUGCACACUGAUGUCAUAAAAAAAUGCUGCCAGGCAAUCAGUACUAGUUUGCUGACUGUGCAAUAAUUUUGACAUUUGUAUUUUAAAUCUUGAUGUUCUGUCUGUUUUUAAAUAAAU